GACUGUAUUCGACGCAAAGACCUAGGGUGUAUAGAUUCUCUUGCGAAAUUGGAUGUAAGCACGAGUAGCAAAAACUUACGCUCCAAAAAUGCAAAACAAUGUGACACAACGUGAGCUGAUAUGAAUCGAGACUCGGUGAAAAAUGAAAACUGCGUUAUCGAAAGCGCAGAAAGAAAAAUAUGCAGAAAGCAAGUACUGGUCGGAAGAACGACCAAAACAAUACAUCUAUUGAGAUUGGAUGAGGAAUGAAUCAUUUCAGCAAUCGAUCUUUUCGUCGAUGAAGAUGAUAAUGCAAUUAGAUUUAGUUUGCCGACGCGUUUCAUAUCUUCAUUAGAGUCUAAUUUUUCAAGGCAUUGCACAAAAUGUUCAAUCAAACAAAAAGUGUAAAUUAGUGAAUUUCAGAAGAAGUUAUAACUAAUUCAUCUAUUCACAUUGUCAAUUCGACAUUAUCGAACAAAUGAAUAUUUUAAAUAAAAAGAAAAAUUAUUUUUUUCUAUUUCAACUCGACAUUAGUUACUAGUGAUAUCUAAUAAGAAUCUGGGUUUGAAAUAAAUAGUUUAUCUUUGUUUUUCAUAGUCAAAUAUAUCAAUGUUUCCUCUAGCAACACUCAAUGUUUAUUUAUUUCUGAAUCCUUCAAGCGGCGAAUGUGAUAUUGAUGAUUUAAGAUCGAUUCUGAAACCAUUUGAUCUUUGUUUACUUGCUGAUCAAGGAGUUUUCAAUAAUGAGAGAUUGGACAAAUUAACUAUAAGUUCUUCAUUCCUUUAUUCUAUAUAUGGUGCAGAUCGCCAACAUAGUUUUGAUAAUGCUAUAGCAUCUCGUUAUCCGUUUGAAUCAUGUAAAAAUCAAAGUGCAAGUUUCUUUUCUGAUGGUGGAACAAGAUCAAUUCUUAAAUGCCAUCUACAUGAUGAUCAUCCACGUAUUGAAAAUCAUUUAUUUACUGUAACACAUUUAGAUCAUUUAAAUGACAGUAAUCGAUUAAAACAAUCGAAAGCAUUCACUCGAGAAAAAGAUUUUAUUGACAUACUUCUUGGUGACAUAAAUGCAUUAACAUGA